AUGGCUCCUCUUCCUCCUUCGAAGAAUAUUAAAUCUUGUUAUAAUCCGAAGUGCAAAUACUUUAAUACGAUAAAUGAGAAGGCCCCUCUCAAGUGUGCACGUUGCAAGACCGCUCACUAUUGCGACAAGGAUUGUCAAAAAGCUCACUGGCCAACUCACAAGGAGUUUUGCGAAAUCUGGGCAGAAACCGCAAAGAACAACGGCGAAGUCCCGGUCGUUCAAAUCAAGAAGAAAAUGACGCAGCUCAUCUGGCUCGUUCGCGGUAUUCUCGACUACAGCGCAGCCUUAUACAAAGAAUUCCUCCACUGGAAGCGUCAAGGCCGACGAGGUUGCAUAGAGUUCUAUUUCGAGAACUUCAAUGAACUAUACGAGGCGAUCCGUGUUCUUGAAGCGCUUCCUGUCGUCGAUCACAUCUCAUUCUACCCAAUGCCGUUCGCUCCCACCUAUAGUGAAGAUGCCAAUGGCAAGCCGGUGGCGCAGAAACUUCCCGUCCGCGUUGUAACAGAAGAACACGAGGAGGCAUUCACGAGAGAAGUAGAUAGCAGGAUGAACUUCAAUGAGAGCACUCAGGAAGCGCGACCGAACAUGAUGAAUUGUUUGAAGCUCCUCGGCGCGAACGAGAACGUGUUCCUGAUUUCUGUAACGGUCAAGCUCCACGGCACAUAUUCGACGCAUAUGUUUGACUUCCUCUACAAGCGGCACAGCUGGUACCCAGAGGACGGCCCUUGGCCGGAGGAAAAGGAGCGGUCAAAGAAGAGGAAAUAG